GCGGCCACUCUGACUCACUUGGCCGCACAGAGGCCGACAGACCUCCGCUGUGUGUACGGGUACAACUCUUCUCACAUGAGCAGAACUUGUAACCGAAGCAACUGAGGGAUUAUUACUGGAAACAAAUCGGGCGGCACAGACUUCAGAACAUCUGAAGACAUGGACUCCAAACGACAGAGUGUUGUGAUGGAACGACUUGUAAAUGAGUUAGGCUCUCUGCUGAAGAUGUUGGACCACGAGACGGUCAGUCCUGCUACCGCUGAAAAAAUGGCAUCCAUACGCAACAUCCUGGACUCACUGCAGCUGUCAGUGAACGGCUCUGAUGUCUACAUGAACAGCUGUCUCUAUGGCAAUGGCACGAGCUUUGUAGAGUCUCUGUUUGAGGAUUUUGGCUGUGAUUUGCACAUGCUCAGUGCAUCUCCAGUGGAGCAGAAAGAGCACAAGGAUGAAGAGGAGAAGACUCAUCCCAAUAAAUCUACCCCAACUGACACACCUCCUCCUCCUCUGCCAACUACACCCCUUCCUGAUGACUACUAUGAAGAAGCUGUUCCUCUAGAUCCCGGAUCUACUCCUCAGUACUUUACCACCACAUCCAGGAACUCUGUGGAGGACGCCUAUUAUGAAGAUGCUGACAAUAACUACCCCACCACCAGAAUGAAUGGGCCUCCCAAAAGCUCCUACAAUGACUCAGAUGCUCUGAGUAGUUCCUACGAGUCUUACGAAGAAGAGGAAGAGGAAGCAAAGGGCCGAGACCAACCUCAGAGAUGGACAGCCGAGGAAAGAACAGAUGGACCGGUUCGAGACUGCCACAUCUGUGCCUUCCUACUGCGAAAGAAACGCUUUGGCCAGUGGGCUAAGCAGCUUGUUGUUGUCCGAGACAAUAAACUGCAGUGUUUUAAAAGCAUCAAAGAGAGCUCUCCCAACACAGAGCUCCCACUGAAUCUUUGCAACGUCAUCUAUGUCCCUAAGGAAGGCCGGAAAAAGCGUCACGAGUUGCGCUUCUCAUUACCUGGGGGCGAAGCGCUAGUCUUGGCAGUCCAGAGUAAAGAACAGGCCCAGCGAUGGCUCAAGGUGGUCCACGAUGUUGGCAGCCAGUGUAGCAACACUGAGGGGCUGGAUGGAUCAACUUCUCCAAUUAUACAGAGGAAGCUGGAGCUCGACAAGGUGCUACAGUCUGAGAGACAGGCUUCAGACUCAGACAGCGGGCCAACAGCAGACAGUCAGGCCACUGCACACGGGUCAGGACGAGACACUACUGACUCACUCAACAGGGGGAAGCGUGGAGCAUUUUCAGAGCUGACCGGGUCGAUGAGCCGAGCAGCUGGGAGGAAAAUCAAUCGGAUCAUCACCUUUUCCAAGCGGAAACCUCCUUUACCAGGAGAGUCUCCUUUGUCUUCUGGCCAGCAUGACAACCCCCGCUCUGGAUAUCUGAGCGUGUGUCUGAGCGGCUCUUGGAGGGAGCGGUGGUGCGUGCUCCGGGGUGGAAGUUUGUACCUGCAGAAGGACCCUGGGGACCAGCGACCCCCAAUCAUUGUGGUGCCACUCAAGGGGGCAGAGGUGAUGCCAGGCGGGCUUGGACCUAAACAUCCGUUCUCUUUCCGCAUCCUACAGGGAGGCAACGAGCUGGCAGCUCUGGAGGCCAGCUGCUCUGAGGAUCUUGGCCGCUGGCUUGGAGUUUUAUUUGCAGAGACCGGCAGCAGCACUCUCCCUGAAGAGCUGCACUAUGAUUACAUCGAUGUGGACACACUUACUGACAUACGGCAUGCUGCCAGACACUCCUUCUUGUGGGCUACAACAGCUAACUCCUCCAGUAGUGCUUCAAUAGACUCCAGAACUUACGAUGAGGUCUAUGAAAGUGUUGCGGAAGUGGAUGUGGAGAGCAGAGGAGGCCAGGUGAGACGUCACGCUUCGUUCUCCAGCAGGGACUCUGAGAAAACUGAACAACAAGCUGCCAUUAAGAGACAUGCCUCCAAUGUGAAUCAGUAUGGGCGGUAUGGGAAGACACGGGCAGAGGAGGAUGCCAGGCGGUACCUGAGAGAGAAAGAGGAGUUGGAGAAGCAGAAGGAGGACCUCAGAAAUGCACUGAUUUCCCUGCGCAAGGAGAAAAGGCAGUUGAAGGAGGAGGGGAAGAGCGGCACAGGUAAUAGUGUGGAAAAGCAGUUAGCUGAGCUGGAAACACUGUGCAAACAGAAGGAGGAGGAACGGGUGGAGCUGGAGCUGAGACUGACAGAGGUCAAAGAAAACCUGAAGAAGUCACUGGCUAGAGGGGCACUGGGUCCACCUACUGAUACCAAGAUCAACGUCAAGGCGCAGGGCAGUAAGGUUGAAAAGGUUUACAUGGAGACUGUGCCUGUCAACGCGGCAUCUGAGCUUCGAAAGCGGCCUCCGUCUCUUUACGCCUCCUCCAAGGGGAAUGUGAUGCAGAAGGCAAAGGAGUGGGAGUCAAAGAAGGGGACAUAGAGUGAUCAUAAACAGAUCGACAGAUGGAGACGAGGACGUUUGAAAGGAAAACGCAAGAAGAGCAAGAAAACUGGCACUGAAGAGAGAAAGGAUGGACUCGGAGGCAUUGCGCUCUCAUUUCAUCUAAAGGAAAAGUACAGGCAGCGUGAUGCUGCACCAGCUACUGUAAAUACGACAUGCUCAGCUGAUACAUCAGUACCGUGUUAAUGUGGAUCACUAUGAACGUGAUGUGUACGUGUUGGUGUGAGUUUGCAUGCGUGUUUACAUUUGCACAGGGCUGCAGAAAGUUAAAAAAAAAAAAAAGGAAAGUGUAGCAAAGGGAGAGUGUAGUUCUUCAACACUGUGAGUUCAGCGUUACAGGCAAGACGUUUAGCUACACCCACUGGUUUGUAUUAUUUUUAUACUUGAUACUUGGAAAUGAAAAAUGAAAAACCCGGUUAAAGAAAAUUUUUUAGUUAUAAUCUUAAAUUAUCAUUAUUAGUAAGAGAAGUACAGAAUCUCAUAUCUUAAUUGUGUAUUUAUACGUUUAAUAAAAAAUAUCGAGUAGACACUGUUCCUAAAACCAAUGAAUAAAUGUUUGUUGUUGCAAUGUGAAACAAUUGGUUUUAACCUUUAUAUGACUCUUAUUUUUCACAUUUGACUUUUGCACUUUAUCUUGUUGUAUUUUGUGAUUGCAUAAAUGUGUCCUCGGCCCCUCUCAGCUGAAUCAUUUGAAGAUAAAUGCCUGUGUCUGCUUUACCUGCCCUUCACUGAGAAACGAACACACGCAAAUGUUGGAGUAAAUAAUUUUAUAAAGAAUAUAUGUGUUUGGGACUGUUUAUUUUAUGUCCCCCGUGUCUAUUUUCCCUCAUUUCUUUAGACUUUUAAGAUUCUUUACCAGAGUUUCUUUUAUUGCUGCCUCUCAUCCACCCCCAAGAUGAGUUACCAAUAAUAGCAACAGAGCUCUGAAAUAGAAGCACCACCUAGUGGUCAAAUAAAAUACCACUUUUGUUUUAAUGUUCUUGUUUUGCUUCCAAAGGCAAGUUGAAGUUAAUUAUGCUAAGUUCAACAUUAAAAUAAGUCAAUACUUAAGGUUUUUUCUCUCCUAUAAGAGCUUAAGGAGCUCCUUAAUGUGAAGAUAACUACAGUCAAAGCUACUAUGUGAGAGGGCAGUGGUUCAAUGCCCAGCUCCUCCAGCUUGCAUGUUGUUGAGGUCUCCAUGGACAGUUUACGGAACCCAAUACUGUAGCUGACCUCACUGAUUGUGAGACAGUGAGAAAGUGUUUAAAGGCUUAUGGGUUGGAGUUGAACGUUAGGUGAGUGUGAAUAAAACAGCGUUAUAAUUCUUUCUCUUCGUCUGCUAUAAGGCAAUAAAUGUCAUUUCUGUUCAUGGUACAACUCAUAAAAAACGUUUUCAUGCAUGAAAAACACAAAUUCACUUUAUCCAGAAUCCUGUUUGGAUCCUACAGUGAUUAACUUAAGUGUUUUAUGCAUAUGUUCAGUGCAGCACCAUGCGGUUUUCGAUCAUCAUCAUUCACGUGCUCUGUUAAACUCCAAAUGUCUGAAUAACAAGCAUGGCUUCUUUGAGCCUUCAGAUAAAGUGGUUUGCGUGUUUUUAAUAUCUGUAUCAAACAUACAGUCACGGUAAAAAGAGAGUGCACCCUCUGCCGAUUCUUUGUUUUACAUCAUUUGAUCAGGGCAUAACUAAAUAUAUUGAUCUGGUCUUCACCAGUUCUUAAGAUUAAGUUAAUACAACCUCAGAUGAAGAAAAGCAAUGCAUAAUACAUUAUUUAUUUAAGCACGCCCAUGAUUCUUAAGCUAGUAGAACCACUUUUAUCAGCUAUAAUUUGAAGUACCUUGAAAUAAUCAUUUGUAUGACUUCAUCAGUCUCUCACAUCUUUGUGGGAGAAUUUUUGCCCGCUUUUCUUUACAGCGUUGUUUCAGUUGUUUGAGGGUAGCAGUCGGGUUGAGGUCACUGUGCUUGGCAGUCAGUACGAGGAGUUUGUGCUGAUAUUCCGUGGUUGGUUUUUGUCCAUAUGCCCAAAGAACAUCGUUCCAGACGUCUUGUGGUUUGUUCAGAAACAGCUUUGCAAACCUAAGACGUGCUACUAUGUUGAUUUUAAAGAGAAGAGGCUUUCUCCUAAAGCACGCCUUCCAGAAAAAGAAUAAACUUAUUCAGCCUUUUUCUAAUUGUAUUUAUUUGCUGGGUAGUCCACUUCUGGGAACAUCGGCCACUGUCUCAAUUGUUUACACUUUGGAAGGGCAAAUUGGAAAAUCUGCCAAACUGAUUGGCGGCAACAAUUGCUUUUCUACAAUCAGUGCUGAUGUCGUUCCUCAUUGGCGUCGUGUGAAUGCUCCAGACCAGCAAACUGCCAAAACUUGCUUUUAUAGAUGUUCUCACACUUGGUUGGUUAUCAGUAUCAAUCAAGUGUUUUUGAUUAGCAGCAUCUACUUCUUACCAUCUUAAUCCCUGUGGAACCAGUAAAGGUGGUAGCUUUCACACAUUGCUUUUGUUUUGGCUUAAUCUUCGUUAAAUAAAUAAUGACACACUCUUUUGUAUAUUUAUAAGACCUGCCAAGGACCAGAUGAUUUUUAUUAUUUGAUAUGCAAAACAUUAGAAUUGAAAAGUGGCUGCACUUCUUUUUUUACCAUGACCGUAUUAUCCAUUGUAAAUUACUACAAA